CUCUCACUUCCUCAUUCAUUCAUUCAUACGGUUUCCUUCUAAAGCACAACACUAAAGUUCAGCAAUCAGUACUCUCAAGAAGAGAAUUACAAGAUCAUCAUCACAAUAACAAUAUGAGUUCAGGAAUUAGAGCAUGGAGUGUGGCAACUAGCGUUGGAGUUGUGGAGGCCUUAAAAGACCAAGGUAUAUGUAGGUGGAAUCAUGCUUUAAGAUCAGCUCAACACCAUCUCAAAAACCAUGUUGGUUCAUUCUCUCAGGCUAACAAGCUUUCUUCUUCUGCUAUGAGCUCCACAACACUAAAACAUGAGAAGACAAAUCAGUCAGAGGAGUCAUUAAGGACUGUCAUGUACUUGAGCUGUUGGGGUCCCAAUUAGAUGCCAUAAGGCCAAUAAAAAAAAUUGAUUCUUUCUCUUUCAAUUUCUAGAAAUGAAACUUAGUCUCAAAGGAUGAUGAUGGUUGAGAUUUCUGGGGUCAUACUGUAUAGUAUUGAAAGAUUGCUUGCCUGAUGUGACAAUCAGUUUGUAAAUUUUGUUAAAUGAUAAUGUUUAGCAUUGCCAAAUUUAUA